CUCUGCUCGCACGGCCGGCUUUCAAGAUGGCGCCGCAGAAAGACAAGAAGCCUAAGAGGUCAACCUGGAAGUUUAGUUUGGACCUCACUCAUCCAGUAGAAGAUGGAAUUUUUGAUUCCGGAAACUUUGAACAGUUUCUCCGGGAGAAGGUUAAAGUCAAUGGAAAAACUGGAAAUCUUGGGAAUGUUGUUCACAUUGAACGCUUCAAGAACAAAAUCACAGUUGUUUCUGAGAAACAGUUCUCUAAAAGGUAUUUGAAAUAUCUUACCAAGAAAUACCUUAAGAAGAACAAUCUUCGUGAUUGGCUUCGUGUGGUUGCAUCUGAUAAGGAGACUUACGAACUUCGUUACUUCCAGAUUAGUCAAGAUGAAGAUGAGUCCGAGUCUGAGGACUAGAUGAAGCCCCUCCUUGUAGAGCUUUGCUGACUAAUAAAGCAAAUGAAUCCUACAAGAGAAAGAAACACUUAGAAAUGGACAUUCAGUUUAUCAGUGAAUAAAAAACAUACUGUUUA